UGUGAUUUCUGAAAGAUGUGGAGAAAAGAAGAUUGGAGCUUGCUCAUCCUCUAUCUAAUUCCAUGCUUGAUCUUCUUCAGUGCGCCCAGGACUUGUGCUGUCGACUACACAUCUGACUGCAGUGGAGGCAACUAUAGUCGAAGCAGCGGCAUCGGCGAAAGCCUCACGCUCCUCUUCUCCUCUCUCAGCUCACUGUCUUCGAGCUCCAACUUCGCGAAUACUACCGCGACUGCGAGGGCCAACGCCGACACUACUGUCUAUGGCUUGUUCAUGUGCCAAGGGGACCUCCCUCGUUCAGACUGCUACAAUUGCAUCAAUUCGGCAAUCCUCGACAUCAACCGAAGCUGCUCCAACUCGCGCAGCGCCACAAUUUGGUAUGAAUUCUGCGAGCUCCGGUACUCCGACAUCAACUUCUUCGGCAUCCCUGUCACCGAGGGGCACUUCACUACCAAUCCUUACGAGGAAACAAGCUCGACAAAGCCGUACCAGGUGGUGUCGACCCUGGUGCAAUUGGCUCCCUCAAACAAGCCUCUCAUGUUCGCGAGCAAUGUGUCGAACAUGUACCCCUUGUUUGCUCAGGCACAGUGCUCGUCGGAUUUAAGCGUGCAAAACUGCAGCGUGUGCUUGACGACCAUCUUGGCGGCCAUCAACGGCUGCUGUGUUCAACGGAAAGGGUGGAGGUACUUCACUCCCACUUGUUGGGUUAGGUACGAGCCAACUCCCUUCUUUGGCAACUACCCGAACGCAACUUCUCCUUACAUCGUCCGGAGCCAAUGUGCAUCGUAUGACAUCCUCUCCGGCGAGGUCAGCAGCAAGCAAGACAGCCUCAGAAGCCUCCUCUCUGAUCUACAAUCCAAUGCACCUGCAACUGGCUUUUACAAAACGUCGGUGGGCGAGAAUUCUCUCUGGAUGUUUGGCCUCGCUCUCUGCAGGGGAGACCUCGCCGCAGACAGCAGGGAGUGCAGUGAAUGCCUUGGCACAGCAGGGGCUGCGAUAGUGGACGAGUGCCCCAACAAGACUGAAGGGUUCAUGUGGUAUGGCCAGUGCUUCGUGAAGUACUCAGACCAAAAUUUUUUUGGCACUCUGGACAACAGCAACUACACAUACUGCAGCAGAGGACUGGUCUCCCAAGAGAUUGAUCAGACAACGAGUGCAAAGGCUCUCAGCCUCAUUCCACUGGCAAUCAACAACUCCUGGCUGUUUGCGGCCGGUAAGGUUGCGAUCAACGACACGUUGUCGAGCUAUCUGCUGCUUCAGUGCACCAGAGAUCUUACCAGCCAGAGCUGCCAGUCAUGCUUGGAGAUAGGGAUCUCUCAAGUGACCGAUGCGUGCAACCAGAUCAAAGGGUGGCAGUACUUGUCUGGCAGCUGCACUGUGAGAUAUGAAACCUUUCCUUUCUAUAAUGAAACAGCUGCAGCCAGAAUUCUUGAGCUGCAGCCAGAAGAAGGAAGAGGAUCAUCAAACGUUAACACCAUUGCUAUUGCUCUUCCAAUUGUGGGAGCUGCAGUCUUGGGAGUCCUUCUCUGUUGUGCAUGGUGCAUAUGGAGAAGAAGAGGAAGUAAAGGCCUCGAGCCAAUCGAUCUGGAGACUGUGCAAGAUAGAGACUUAACCUUCAUGGAUUUGGAUACCAUUCAAGUGGCUACCAACAACUUCUCCAAUGAGAACAAGCUAGGAGAAGGUGGAUUUGGACCUGUUUACAAGGGAGUGUUGGUUGAUGGAAAAGAGAUAGCCGUCAAGAGGUUGUCGGGAAAAUCUUCACAAGGUAUUUCGGAGUUCAAGAAUGAGGUGAAGCUGAUUGCACAACUCCAGCACAAGAAUCUUGUGAGGAUAUUGGGGUGUUGUGUCGAAGAGGAAGAAAAACUUCUGAUCUAUGAAUACCACCCCAAUAGAAGCCUUGAUGCCUUUCUAUUUGACCGAAAAAAUCACGAGCCGUUGAAUUGGAAGAGUAGAUUUCUCGUAAUCUCAGGAAUCGCCAAAGGCCUUCUCUAUCUCCAUGAAGAUUCACUUCUUAAGGUCAUUCACAGGGACCUUAAAGCUAGCAAUGUGUUAUUGGACAAAGGCAUGAACCCCAAAAUAUCAGAUUUUGGCAUGGCAAAGAUCUAUAACCUAGAUGAAAGCGAAGUAGAUAAUACACACAGAAUUGUUGGCACUUUUGGAUAUAUGGCUCCAGAAUAUGCGAUGAACGGGAUCUUCUCUGUGAAAUCCGAUGUGUUUAGUUAUGGUGUUCUCCUCUUGGAAAUCAUAAGUGGCAAAAGGAAUGGACGAGCAUAUGUAGAGCAACAUGGGCAAAACCUUCUCAUGCAUGCAUGGGAGCUAUGGAGCGCGAACAAGGCAUUUGAAUUCAUUGACUCGUUGCUUGCGAAUCGAUACGAAGCCGAUCAAAAGAUGUUCAGGAAAGAAGAUUGGAGCUUCCUCCACUUUCUAAUUCUAUAUUUGAUCUUCUUCAAUGUGCCCAGAACUUGUGCUGUCAAUUUCACAACUAAUUGCAGUGAAGACCGAUAUGAUCAAAGCAGCGGCUUCGGUGAAAGCCUAACCAGCCUCUUCUCCUCUCUUAGGUCACUCUCUUCCACCUCCAACUGCGCGAAUACCACCGCUGGGGCCAAUAGCAACACUGUCUAUGGGUUAUACAUGUGCCAGGGUGAUCUUUCCCAUUCUGACUGCCACAGUUGCAUCACUUCUGCAAUCGUUGUCAUCAACCAAAAUUGCUCCAACUCACGCACAGGCAUCCUCUGGUAUGAAUUCUGUCAGCUCCGAUACUCUGACCAUAACUUCUUUGGUAUCCCUGUUACUGAGGGGCACUUCACGAUUAAUCCCAAAGAGGAAACCAGCUCAAAUAAGCCAUAUGAGGUGCUGUCUAGUUUGGUGCAAGUGGCUCCCUUGAGUAAGCCACUCAUGUUUGCAAGGAAUGUGUCAAACAUGUAUCCUUUGUUUGCUCAGGCACAAUGCACUUCAGAUCUUAGCACGGAAAAUUGUAGCAUGUGCUUGAGAACCAUCUUGGAAGCCAUCAAGAGUUGUUGUAUUCAAAGGAAAGGGUGGAGAUAUUUUACUCCGACUUGUUUGGUUAGAUAUGAACCAACACCCUUCUUUGGCAACUAUCCGAAUGCCAAUUUUACCUAUAUCAUCCGAAGUCGAUGUUUGCCGCAUAAUUUCCUCUCGAGUGAUAUCAGCAGCAGGGAGGCCAGCCUUAGAAGUCUUCUUUCUGAUUUGCAUUCCAGGGCACCUACAACUGGCUUUUACAGCACCUCUUCAGGAGAAAACUCUAACCAGCUAUUUGGAAUGGCUCUCUGCAGGGGAGAUCUUGCCACACCCAGCGGGGAGUGCACUAACUGCCUUGAUACAGCAGGUGCUGCAAUAGUGGACGAGUGCCCCAAUAAGACUGAAGGAUUCAUGUGGUAUAGUCAAUGCUUCCUAAAGUACUCGGACCAGAACUUCUUUGGCAUGCUGGAUAACAAUGGCAGCAUAUACUGUGAUAACGGGCAGGGGUCCUCAGAGAUUGAUGCAACGACAAAUGCAAAGGCUCGUAGUCUCGUUCCAUUUGUAGUAACUAAUUCGUUGAUGUUUGCUGCUGAUAAGGUUGCAAUCAACAACACAUUGUCAAGUUAUCUCCUACUUCAGUGCACUAGAGAUCUUUCUAUUGAUAACUGUCAGUCAUGCUUGGAGACAGGGAUCUCUACAGUGACUACUGCAUGCAAGCUGACCAGAGGGUGGCAGUACCUGUCUGGUAGCUGCAAUGUAAGAUUCGAGACCUUUCCUUUCUAUAAUGAGACUGCUGCAUCGAGAAUACUUGAGCUGCAGCCUGAAGGAACAACAAGAUCGAGAUCACGAAAGGUCAAAAUCAUUGCAAUAAUUCUUCCACUCGUGGGAGCAGUGCUUCUGGGUCUGUUUCUAUGGUGUACACAACAGCUCAAGAGAAGAAUAGGUAAAAGGAAACAUAAACUCGAUGACCACAAGAGCCAAAAAAGUAGAAGCUUGAUCUUCAUAGAUUUGGCUAUCAUAAAAGUUGCUACUAAUAAUUUCUCUGAUGAAAACAAGCUUGGAGAAGGUGGAUUUGGACCUGUUUAUAAGGGAGUCUUCCCUGAUGGAAGAGAAAUAGCAGUUAAAAGGUUAUCACAAGAAUCCCAACAAGGUACUACUGAAUUCAAGAAUGAGGUGGAGUUAAUUGCAAAGCUUCAGCACAAAAAUCUUGUUAAGAUGUUAGGAUGCUGUGUAGAAAGGGAAGAGAAGCUACUAAUCUACGAGUACCUAUCCAAUGGAAGUCUUGAUAGCAUUCUCUUUGCGGAUCCCGACAAGCGUAUUCAGUUGGACUGGGAGAGAAGAUUUCACAUAAUUUCAGGUAUUGCCAAGGGCCUUCUCUAUCUUCAUGAAGAUUCACUUCUCAAGGUCAUUCACAGGGACCUUAAGUCCAGCAAUGUUUUGUUGGACGGCCAAAUGAACCCGAAGAUAUCAGACUUUGGAAUGGCAAAGAUUUAUCAGCCAGAGGAUAGUGAAGUGGCCACCAGAAGAAUUGUUGGAACUUAUGGGUACAUGGCCCCAGAAUACGCCAUCCAUGGAGUUUUCUCGGUCAAAUCUGACGUAUACAGCUACGGGGUUCUACUCUUGGAAAUUGUAUGUGGGUUAAAGAAUGGCAGAGCACAUUUUGCUGAACACGGCAAGAACCUUCCGCGGCGAGUAUGGGAGCUCUGGAACGAAGACAAAGCAGCUUCAAUAAUCGAUCCAGUGCUCAAGAUCAGUUGCUCAACUGAUGAAGCACUGAAAUGUAUCCACAUAGGCUUGCUAUGUGUGCACGAGAAGGCCGAGGAGAGACCUACCAUGUCCGAAGUUGUUCUUAUGUUACGAACUGAAGGCAUGGUGCUUCCUAAACCUAGCCAACCUCCAGACUUUGCAAGGCGGAGUUCUGGGUCAGAUGGUUUGCUGUUUGCAUCAGUAACACCUCCAUCAUCACUCAAGUCUAUCAAUGAAGUGACUGACUCUGUGGCUAUUCCCAGGUAGCAUAUUGUUGAAACAAAUUAUAUUGUGUUACUUUGACUGUUUGACAUACCAGAAUCACAUUGUGUCCUUCCAAGAAAUUGAUGACAAUUUGUGCUGCGAUGAUGGAUUGUGCUGUAGUAUCAUCGAUA